AUGGUGCUCUGCACCGCGGAAGUCUCAAUGACAUAUAUGAACGUGGAAGCUGCAGACAGUUUGAUCAGAUGUCCAGAAGAGAUGCAAGCCUUUGAAGCGGUGGAAAUGUUCGAUGAAUGGGAGGAAUUCGUCCUCUUCGCUUCCCACUAUUUUAUUUUAUUCGCCGAAAAUUCUGCCCCGCACGCAGGAUCUAUUGCAGAACAUGCUGCACAUGUUGAUGAUGUUGAAAGAGAUCCCCAGCACAGUGGUGAAGGUACAACUGAGUUGAGUUCGUUUACACUCCAGCCAUGCGUUGUCAAAAAAGCUUUACCUCCAAGAAAAUUUGCCGCUUUGUUCAAAUGUGAGGAUGUCAUUGGCAUUCAUGGAGGUAUCAAAGGGCAGAACAGGAGUAACACGACAGAGAUAUAUCGCCUGAUUUCGCCUGAGAAAGAUUCGACCAAUAAUGACACGAAUAUGGCAGCGGGAGCUGCGAGAUGGGCGUUGCCAAGCGAGUUAUCAAGCAGAAUGUGCCAUGCAAUCGCGGUAUCUAGAAGCGGAAUGUGCUUGCUCACCGGUGGUAGAGCGUCUCCAGGUAGCCCCAUGCGUGACUGCUGGUUCUUCGACAAUAUCUGGCGGCGCGUGCACGACUUACCAUUUUCUCUUUACAGACAUUGUGCCACCUGGGUUGACUUCAAGAAGGGGAGCUCGUGCGAAUCAGGAGUCGUAGUUUAUGGGGGCAAAACUUCUAGAAAUGUAUUCUCAGAUCAGUGGCUACUUUGGCAGAAGUCAAUUGGAUGGCAGGCAAUUCCCUGCCGUGGAGAAAAUUCGAAGCUCGUCUUUGGAGCAAGUAUUGCUUCUACAGGUGGAAGCUCAGGUAUUCUCGUGGGCGGUAUGACCGAGAACUGCUCAAUAUCAGCAGAAAUCUUAGAAUGGACCAUACUUUCCGAACAUGGCCAGCUGCACCUCAAGUCUGCUAAGUCGAGACUUUCUAAUUCUGGGGGGGACUUGAGGCUUGCGAGGUUUGGUGCUCAACUUGUACCGCUCGGUUCCGAGCUAGUACUCGUUGGUGGCAUAGGGAAUACAGUGUUCGCAGAAGAUCAAGAGAUCGUGAAGCUGAGAUGUUCGAUGCCUUCGGACAAUGCCUGUUCUGUUACGCCUCUUAAAUACUACUGUGAUCUUUUACGUCCAUUGCUCGUCGGACAUUGCGUCGCCUCUUUCAAUACGUCAUUGUAUAUCUUUGGCGGAGGCGCAGUGUGUUUUUCGUUUGGAGCAGUCUGGAAUGGAAAUCUAUGUCUAAGCCAAGGCUCUCGGGCAAAGACUUCUCUAGUACAUCUAAGUGGCAAGGAUAGUCAUGGUGAAGGCGGCUUCAGCGUGGAGUCUGAUGUUCAAAUGCUCAACUUUUCGACUCAAUCGCCCUUCACACGAACCACAAGGCUCGCCGAACAGCCUUCAUAUCAAGCUUGGGAAACCCCGAGAAAACAUGGGAGCCUGGUCAGACGUCUUCUGUUGUCAUCGAGCGCGUCAUUCAUGCAGGUGCUGCAAGUAAGACGUCCCACAGUGAUGCACUCUCUGGACAUAGGUCCUUGCUGCAAGACAUGGACUCUGCAAGAUCUAGAGAGGACAAUCGGACGACAGCGAGAGGUGAUAGUCCACCACAGUCGGGAGACUCAGAUGGACUUUAUAUCAAAAAACUUUUCAUACAAGAAGGUAGCCUUUGGCAAGUUCAUUGACGAAAUUGUCCACGGAUCUAGACAAUAUUUGCGAUCGCUCUCAACCGAGAAGCCUUCGGGCCAGCCAGCAAACAUAGCUCUUGAUUAUCCAGAAUUGGCAGCAGACUUCGUUAUGGCCAAUGUGUUAUGUCAAAUCCAAGGGUCCAAGCGACUCCUGCUCUACCCACCGUCGGACGUCAUACACGCAGGUAUCGCUCCCGGUGCGUCUAGCUCUCCCAUAGCCGUCUUCGAUCCGCGAGAAACUGCAGAGCACCCUACUCUAGCAGCUAUGCAUCCGCAUGAGUCUAUCCUUCACCCCGGUGAUGUACUGUACAUUCCGCCUCUGUGGAUGCAUGCCGCACAACCUCUUGAAACGGUCAGCGUUUCCGUUAAUGUCUUCUUCCGUGACCUGGAGACGGGGUAUGCCCCCGGAAGGGAUGUUUACGGUAACCGUGAUGUGCAGGCAUAUGAGAAGGGAAGAAACGACAUCCGGAAAAUCGGCCAUUCGUUUGAGGGGCUACCUGAUGACAUGGCUCAAUUCUACUUGCUACGGCUCGCAGAGGAGCUGAAGCAACAGGCAUUGAAAAGAUGCGCAUCCCCCGCAGCAAUGCGAAGUGCCGGCUCGGAGCCAAGAUGA